AUGCGCUCUUACAUCACCAUCGUUGCUGCGCUCUACGCUGCCGUGGCUUCGGCCAGCAGCACGGCUAAUGCCUUCAACAACCCUGCUGGCGGUUACAGCUUCACCGUCGGCGAGCCUACCACCCUCAGCUGGCACGCUGAUAGCGGUUCGACCGUGACUCUGCGCCUGCAGUACGGCACUGUCUCGACUGCCAACUCGGGUACUAUCAUUGCCUCCAACAUCCCCAACGACGGCAGCUACACCUGGAACGUCCCCUCCGACCUCGCCUCCGAGCCCGACUACACCAUCGAAAUCGUCGACGACCAGGACACCUCCAACUACAACUUCUCCCCGCGCUUCACCGUCUCCGGCGCCACCGUGGCCACCACCACCUCCGCUUCCAGCGUUACCAUCUCCACCACCACCAUCUCGACUACUUCCACCAGAACCUCCACCAAGACUACCACUCCUUCUUCCAGCACCUCGACUCCGACUACCUUGACCACUUCCAGCUCGUCCAGCGCUAGCUCCAGCUCCGCCGUCUCGACUACUUCCACUUCUGCCUCGACUAGCACUUCCAGCACCGUUGCUUCUAGCACUACCUCUGCUGCGUCGGUGCCUACCACUAACGCUGGUAUGGCCAACCGUGUGUCCGGUGGUCUGUUGGCUGUCGUUGCUGGUGUGGCUAUGAUGCUGUAA